CAUAGCAACCAUGGGCUCGGACAACAGAAGCGGAAAACGGAGACGUAAAAUCUGGAAAACCGCCCGCGGACCUGCGGCCAGGAGCGACGUGGACCUGAGCGCGCGCGAGCCGGGUGUGACGGCGCUGCACAUGGCUUGUCUUUACGGGCAGGUGGCCGAGAUGCAGCUCAUGGUGGAGUCUGGACGGGGAAGCGUCCACAGCAGCGAUUCCCAGGGUCGCAGGCCCAUUCACAUGGUUCUGUCGUCCCAGAGCUCACCCAACACGACUGCCUGCCUCAGAUACCUGCUGCAGAAUGGUGCUGGAGUGAACGUUACGACAGUUUCAGGGCUGAGCCCGCUGCACGUGGCAGCUUCUGAAGGCCUUCUCGAAUGCACAGAGAUCCUGGUGCAGGCCGGAGCAGACGUGCUGGCGGUGGACAACAUGGGACACACACCUCUGGAUUUGGCCCGCAUCUGGUGCCGCAGGGAGGUGGCGAGGUACCUGAAAAACCACGGAUGGACGGCAGAAAAGAAGAAAGAAAUGGAGGAGAGGAAGCAAGUUCAAGCUUUGUACAGUGACCUUGUAGACUUGGCCAAAGUGGAUAACGUCAAGAAAAGGACACUGAUAGAUGAGAAGGUUGCAGAGUGGACAAACAAUAAAGGUUUUCCCGUCCUAAAAGGUUUCUCGCCCAGAGUCCAGCUGAGCCACUACCACAGCCUUUGCCGCCCAUCAGAUCAGGACAGCUCUGGUCCAGACUAUCCUGAAGGCUUAUUCAAGGACAAGCCAAGACAAGCACCUCCAGCCUCAACCUCCAGGCCUUGGACCAUCUACCUGGGCCUCCAGCCUGAUAAACCCCUCAAAGAGCCGGACCUUCGCGACUGUGUCACAGUGUGGAGGGACAGCAGCAGCAGACGGGUUCAGUACAGCACCAAGUGGGAUCGCACACCACGUGCUGCCCCUGACCUGCCGCUGGACCUCCUUAAAAGAGUGUUUUUCCCAAGAGCCUUCCCCUCCAGGAUCGUCUCUCUGCAGCACUUUGAGGCCCAGAACAUCACAGCAGUCCAGCAUCGAGGACGCCCCCAGGGGCGAAGCUCCUCCCCAUGGACAGAGGUGGCCAUGCACCUGGCUGAAGUGCUGGAGCCUGGACACUACUGAGCCCACCACUUUAGACUGGAAGACUGGAGAUCGUAAGGAACACACUGAACAUCACCAUCAACUCUACAGUACUAUAUACAGGUUUACAUUUUUUACUUGAGGUGGAAAAAAACAUUUAAUUUAACACGAAAUAACCAAAACGAAAACCCAAUUACAAAACUUGAUCUGUCACAUAGAGAACGACAGAGGCAAAGUACAAACAGACAUCACAAGACAUCAGCCACCCCCCAACUUCAGCUCAAAGUGACAAAAUUAAAAAUGCCACACACCCCAGACACUGUGUCUCCCGGAGCAGGGUGAACAGAAGGGUCAGACAGAGGUGAGAAAACCUCAGUGCGAUGGGUCACCUGUCACACUCACAUCCCUGCUUUUUCACUGAUCCCCCCAGGGAAGCGACUUGGGGAUCCAGGUGAGGGCUUGUCAUCAGCACGUGUGGGACUGUGAGCUGUGGCCUGUCAGAUAAAGGCGUGUGUGUGCGGCUUUGUCGUCUUCCCUCACUUCAUGAAGCACUUCACACCUAAGUAGGGGUCAAAGUUCACACCAGCCUCAACCUGAUGCUUCCACUGUGACCAAGCAACAUGGGAAGCGGAUACCAUAACAAUUUAGGACAA